GGUGUCCCUGUGGAGCGGCUCUUUGUGGUCCUGAUGCUGCCGCCGCUGGCGGCGGAGCCCUUUCCAGCUGAGAGCUCUUUCCUCCCCCGUCCGCUCCUUCCGUCGGCAUCCUGCGCCGGGCGCGGGGAAUGGCCAGACUCACCGAGGGCGAGGCGAGGAGGCAGCAGCAGCUCCUGCAGCCCAGAGCCUCCCCCAUGAGCAGCAGCAGCAGCAGCUCGGACCCCCCCGCGCAGCCGGACAGCAUGAAGGACCUGGAUGCCAUUAAGCUGUUCGUGGGGCAGAUCCCCCGCAACCUGGAGGAGAAGGACCUCAAGCCCCUCUUCGAGCAGUUCGGCAAGAUCUACGAGCUCACCGUGCUCAAGGACCGCUACACCGGCAUGCACAAGGGUUGUGCAUUUCUCACAUACUGUGCCAGAGAUUCUGCCAUCAAAGCCCAGACUGCGCUACAUGAACAGAAGACUUUGCCAGGGAUGGCCCGUCCAAUCCAGGUGAAGCCGGCGGACAGCGAGAGCCGUGGAGGUAGGGACAGGAAGCUGUUUGUGGGGAUGUUAAAUAAGCAGCAGUCUGAGGAUGACGUGCUCCGGCUCUUUGAACCAUUUGGGGUCAUUGACGAAUGUACCGUGCUCCGGGGACCUGAUGGCAACAGUAAAGGCUGUGCCUUUGUAAAGUUCUCGUCUCACACAGAGGCUCAAGCAGCAAUCCACGCACUGCACGGCAGCCAGACGAUGCCUGGUGCCUCCUCCAGUCUAGUCGUGAAGUUUGCUGACACCGAUAAGGAGAGGACUCUACGUCGGAUGCAGCAAAUGGUGGGGCAGCUGGGGAUUUUCACUCCGUCUCUCACCUUGCCGUUCAGCCCAUACAGCGCGUACGCGCAGGCUCUGAUGCAGCAGCAGACGACGGUUCUCUCCACGUCUCAUGGCAGCUACCUGAGUCCAAGUGUCACCUUUUCCCCAUGCCAUAUCCAGCAGAUCGGCGCGGUCAGUCUAAACGGGCUACCAGCCACCCCUAUUGCCCCGACCUCAGGGUUACACUCACCUCCUCUCCUGGGCACAGCUGCAGUUCCAGGGCUGGUAGCGCCAAUCACAAACGGGUUCACUGGGGUGGUGCCUUUCCCAAGUAGCCACCCCACCUUGGAGACGGUUUACGCCAACGGCCUUGUGCCCUACCCAGCUCAGAGCCCCUCCGUGGCAGAGACCUUGCACCCAGCCUUUACCGGGGUUCAGCAGUAUGCAGCCAUGUAUCCGACCACGACCAUCACCCCAAUAGCCCAGACCAUCCCCCAGCCACAUCCUAUCCUGCAGCAGCAGCAGCGAGAAGGUCCGGAAGGCUGCAACCUCUUCAUCUACCACCUUCCUCAGGAGUUUGGAGACAACGAGCUGAUGCAAAUGUUCCUGCCCUUUGGCAACAUUAUUUCCUCCAAGGUGUUCAUGGACCGAGCCACCAACCAGAGCAAGUGCUUUGGUUUUGUGAGCUUUGACAACCCGUCCAGUGCCCAGACUGCCAUCCAGGCCAUGAACGGCUUCCAGGUCGGAAUGAAGAGGUUGAAGGUUCAAUUAAAACGGCCCAAGGAUGCUAGCCACCCCUACUGACAGUGUGCGAAGCCAGGAUUCAGGGCUGCAGCACAGGCAAAGGAACCGUCCAGAGGAAGAAGAAUUUCUGCUUCAAACUGAUUUCAGGAGAGGCCAGUAAAUUUAAGAACUCUUUUGACACCACCCCUUUCCGUCCCACCCCGUCCCCCUACCCCGAAAACGUGAUGCUCCGAAAAGAAGAGACACUUUGGAAGGCUUGACAUCAGCCCAGCUGCUGCCGCCACCACCAUUACUGGGGGAGGAGGGGGCCAGAGAAGUAGAUACUGGGGACCAGACUGCCUUCUGCUCGGGAUAGGCGUGGAGUGCCGUGGACCAAGAAAACACAAUUGUUGCGUCUCUAGGUCACCACAGCAACUCACGGGAUUUUGGCUUUCACCCUUUCAUAUAUAAAUAUAAAUAUAUAUAUAAUAUAUAUAUAUAUAUAUAUACAGUCUCUAUUUUUUUUUAACGUAAAUCACAGGACCAAACUUUUCCAUUCAGAGACUCCCUCCUCCUCACCUCCAGAGGGGUUAGGGUUACUGCUGGGACAGCGCCUCCUCUACGGGGACUGCACAAGGGCCUGGACAUUGUCAGAGGAUGUGGCCACGGGGAGAUCCUCUCUCCACUUGGUAUUAGCAAGCGGUGAGGAGAGAGCGAACUAUAUAUCUCCAGGAAUGGGGCAAGGCCAACUCAAGAUUCACUCACCCAUCAACCUUAGCACCAGCUUGGUUAAGGAUACUGAGAGCUCUCAGUCUUACUCCUUAGAGGGCUUCUGCAGACCAGGCUACUGGAAUUGGGCUCUGAAGCCCGUCUUGAGCACUCCUGGAAUGGGAAAUAAGGUACCUUUACCCUUCAUCCCCGGCAACAGCAGACCUUCCCCGUGCUCAGCAAAGAACCCUUGACUUUCAUCCUUCUCCAUGGCAACAGGGAAUUUUCCCAACCUAUCAAAGGCGAGCGCUGUAAUCCUAUAGCAGAGAGAUGGAAGCCUGAAAUGGCCUCCACGUUCUGGCAAGAACAUAGAGCUGUUUAUCAAGCGUUAGCAUUUCCAAACCAAACAUUCCAUUGGCGAUGAUGUUUACUCCAGUUGAUGACCUCUUAGCCCCUCCGCAAGGCUUUUCAGAGCAAAUGCAUGGAGGGUAACAUUGUAAAAGAGGUUAUUUUGUUUUUUUCAGCAUCCCCUCCCACCAUCCAAGGACAAAUUAUACAGUAUGCAGCAUAUAUAGAUAUAGAUAUAGAUAUACUUAAGCACAGAACCCAGGUCCGAGUUUGGUUAAUUGGAGCUCCCCUAAAGUAGGGAUCGUACGGACAAGCAGCAUCCAUUUAACAACUUGAAACAGUCCCUUUAAGGUUCUACCAAAAUAAGUUUAAGCAAAA